CUCACCAGCUCCAAUCGAUCGAUCGAGCUCGAGCAAGUAGCGCAGUAGCUAGCCAUGUGGACGAAGAAGGUUGCGACGUCGGUGGUCCUGGUCAUGCUGCUCCUGAUCAUCGCACAGGAAGUGACGGUGCCGGGGGUGGAGGCGAAGAGGAAGACGUGUCGGCAGAAGAGCAAGAGGUUCAAGAACCCGUGCUAUACCAACAGCAAGUGCGCGCAGGUGUGCCAUGGCGAGGGCUGGAGUGGAGGCAACUGCGACGGGGCCUUACACGAGUGCACGUGCAUCAAGAACUGCUAGCCAUGCAUCGAUGUAUGCCCUAAGCUGCUAGCUACCUCUCUGGUCUGUGCGUGCAUACGUAUCUAUGUGUAUCUAUGUAUGUUUGUAAUUGUCACUGGCUAGCUGCUGCUGCAUCUCGGUCGAUGCACGGGCUAAGAUGAGAAUAAAGACACGCACGUUACCAUCUA